GGGGUGUUGAAGCUGGCGCAAUGCUUCAACAACUUCGAGAGAAAGUGCGCAGCCGAUUCCAGGUUUUCCAAUGGAUGAGCUAAAUCUCUCCGUUUGUGUCCUCGAUGCCGGCAGCAUGGCAGAGGAGAACUUAGAUCACUUCGAGCUGGUGUCUCGCAUCCGAGCAGCGGUGCUGAGAUUGCAACAAGAUGGCUUGAAGGUCAUUGUCGUUGAUCCGAAGGACGAGCACUGGGAAAGGCUGCGGCAACGGGACGACUGGCCUGCUCAGCCUGCCAUCGACUUUUCCAGAUGCACAUUCAUUUCGGCUUACAAUGAACCUACUAUUGUGGAUGCUCUGGAGGCAGUUGAAUUUAAUGAUUUUUCGUUUUACGCGACCUCCUUUGACGUUGAGAGUUUGAUCGCAGAUUGGCGGCUGCCGCACUCCACACAAGACUGGCUGCAACGCUAUCGGAAAAGGCUCGAGGUAAUAUUUCACUUUGACACUUGGCAAUAUAUUAUUCUGAUUGGGGAAUGGUAA